GACGCGUUCUGGGCCAGCUUCCUGGGGGGAGAGGGAAGGUGCACUUUAGGACGGGUCUGGGGCCGAAGGCGCGGCAACGGCGUUGAGGCGCCCAGCGGCAGCAAGCGCGGCAACGGCGUUGAGGUAUCGGGGAGAAAAUCUACAUUGGAGAAAGCGGGUAACCUGACGUCGAAGCAGAUAUCGACAGUGAAGGAAACCAUGAAGAAGUACGGCUACGGCGAGAUCGGCCUUCGUACUGUGGCCGUCCAAAUCUCCAAAACGCUCAAGUUUAAGCAUGCCGUGCUCGCCCUGCCGCUCGACUUGCCAGCCGACUAUGUGCGAUCGAAGAGGAACGCAGGCUGGAAGUUCUACUCGCACGCCGUCAACAUUAACAGACCUGGCGCCGUCCUCAUCACGGUCUGGGCCAGUCGGUGCCCCGCCUGCCCGGCCUGCCCUCCCUGCGGGUCCGUCAACGUCACCUGCGGCAAUUGCCCGCCGGCGCCCGUCGUGGCUUGCCCGGCUGCGCUGGACGUGCGGCCCUGCCCCGAGCUGUCCUGCCCGAUCCCUGUCCCGCCGUCGCUGGACUGGGUCUCGUGGCUGGUGCUGGGUUGGAUCCUGGGCGUGAUGUGCGCCGUGGCGGCGCUGGCUGCCUGCGCCCCCGUCGCGGCCAUCCUGCACGGGCUGAUGGCUCGCGCGGGGGCCGAGACCCUCGACAUCUCCGAGAGCCAGGUGUGCAUCGCGUUCGACGACGACCCGAAUUUCCGAUGGCACCACAGGGUCUUAUUGGUUCCCUCGCCUACGCCGGGGCACUGGGUCGCCGCCACGCCCGACGCCGAGAUCUACCUCCUGAAGCUGGACGAGUACCUGGUGGUCGCCCUUCCUCGGGCGGCCGCUUUCCCCCAGCGUGUUCGAGGCCAGGUCUACGCGUUCGGAGCCCUCUCGGACGCCGACCUCUCCAACCUCCGUCGCGAUGGCCGCAACUUCGCGAAGGUGCUGGGCUUCCCUCUCCCCGCGGUGCAAGCGGGGGUCGACGUCCCCAGGUGGAUCGUCUCCGACCCUGCGAGCGACCACUUCGGGGAGGAGGUGAGCCUGGAGCUGAUCACCUCGGCGGAGCGCUUCAUCAGCCGCGACGCCGUCGCGCUGGUGAUGUUGUCGGAGGCCGAGGGCUGGGUCGCUGCCGAGAACGUCCAGCCCGCCGACGAGCCCGACUGGAAGGCGGAGAAGAGGGCUGGUCCUGGCAGGGACCGCCGUGUGCUGCCGCAGACGGGCGUCUCAGCGCACACCGUCUCCCUGGCGCAGCUGGUGGCCCUGCUGAAGAGCGUGGAGGUCGACGACUGGCCCUUCGAGGGCCCCAAGGCCCUGGUCGAGUUUCUGGCGGCCGUGGUCUCCUCUGGGCACUCGCUCUCGUCCUACUGGGGCUUCUGGGUGGCCCAGUCGGGCGUCGCGCGUGGCAGUGCUGUGGCCCAGGAGCUGAAGAACAUCGUCGAGGUCCUGCACCAUGCCCUGGUCUUCGACUCGCUGGACGUCUCGAACCUCGCCUCGUUCGAGCUCCUGAGCCGCAGGGGCCUCCAGAUCCAGAGGGCGGUCAAGCGGUGCCCUCGCCACCCCUCUUUCGAGGGCCUGGAGCCGAUGGUCUCGAGUCGACUCGACGACUCGGGCGGGGCGGUCACCACCAAGUUCGACGCCUGGGUCGCCGACCAGCAGAAGGCGAGGAGCACCGUGCUCAAGCAGGAGAGGAUGUACAGGGAGGAGGCCGACCACGAGGACAAGAAGUACCGCACCGAGCAGAGGGGCGAGGCAAGGACUGGGAGCGCCGACAUCGCUCAAGAGUCGGCGCUCAGGCGCAUCCGCCGUCGGAUUGGUGCCUUCGGAGAUCGGCCCGCUGACGUGGAUGGCGCUGGAGCCCCACAGGAGCUCCUCAAGACCAGGGACGUCUACGGCGGCCUCGACGCGUCCACGACUGUGGUCGAUUUUGAUCCGAGCCGCCUCAACAUCCUACGUAAGGAACAUUUUUCAACGCCACUCGACGACGUGGCCCCCCAGAGCGUCAGGGAUGCGAUGGCCAACUUCGACUCGGCCGUCGUCCGCCCGCUCUCCGAGCUCACCGAGGACGAGCCGCUGGUGCAGCCCUACUGGGACCCUCAGCUUGACCCCCGCCGGCGCGGCACUCGCCCUGCGCUCGUGGCCUUUCUUCGUGCUCUGGCCCUUCGGGGGCUCGUGGGUGCUCGGGCCCGUCGGAAGUCGUGCAUCUCCGCGUUCUUCGUGCGAAAAAAGAACGGGGAUCAGAGGAUGGUGCUGGACGCUCGGCAGGCUAAUCAACUGCAGCGACUCCCGCCCAAGACCGCGCUGGCCUCGGGAGAGGCACUCGCGGCCAUCAACCUCGUGGACGCCACCGACCUCGGCCCCGACGACCUCGACAUCGUGAUCAACGGGGGCGAUCUGGUGGCCGGCUCGGUGGACCUGCAGGACGGCUUCUACCAGUUCCGCCACCCGGCCUGGGGCUCCUGGAUGUGCUUCGACAUCGAGGUGUCCGCUGGCGAGCUGGGGUUGACUCAGCUGUACGACGAGGACCUCGGCCGCUACGUCGAUAUCAGUCCAGACUCUCGGGCCUGGCCCUGUUUCGAGGCCCUUCCCAUGGGUUGGUCCUGGGCCUUGUGGAUCUGCCAGGAGGUCCUGAUCGACACCAUGAGUGCCGUCUUCGGGGAGAAGGACUCCUGGUGCCUGGACAAGGGCAAGCCGCCCUCCCUGCUGAACGGGGGGGUCGCCCACGCGCCCUACGUCGACAACGCGAACCUCAUCUCCCUGGACGCGGCCCAGCUCGACCAGCGCCUCGGCGCCGUGACGGACGAGCUGGACAAGAGGGGGCUCCGCUGGCACGAGCUGCAGCAUGCCACCUUGUCUCAGGGUAUCCUCGGUCUCGAGUUCGACGGGCGUCACGGGCGCCUUCGCCACGCCUCUCGGCGAGCAUGGCGCCUGUAUCUUGGAUUACACGAGGUUCUACGCAGGCCGUGGCUGGCCCGCUGGCAGGUCAGGAGGUUGUUGGGACACAUCGUGCACUACUUCAGCAUCAUGCGACCUGCUCUCAGUGUACUGGGCGAGUGCUACGCCUACCUCGAGUCGGGUCCGAUGGAGGGCGUCUCGCGUUUGCCGCCCAGCGUGGUGGCGGAGCUUCGCUGCGCCGCUGGCCUCGUUUUUCUUGGCCAGGUGGACCUGCGCCGACCCCCUGCGCCAGUGUCUUUCACCACGGACAGCUCAAUGCUGGGCUACGCCGUCUGCGAGGCCGAGCUCUUGGGGCACGAGGUCCUGGGCGUGUCGCGGUGGCGCGAGAGGCAACGCUUCAAGGAGGUCGAGGUCUCGGGCGACCCCGACAGGGACGCCUACCUGGGCCGCGCUGCGGGGCUGGACGACGUCUCCGACCUGUACUACGACGAGCUCGGCGACGCAGGCGCGGGCCAGCCCCGCCGACAGGCGCGAGCCCGCCGCCGCCGGCAGGAGAUGGAGGUGGGGCACCCCCCGCCCCCGCUGCCGCCCGAGCUGGUCGACCCGCAGCGGUGGGCCGAGGCCUUCCGCGGCGCCUGGCGCCAUCCAGGUCGGAUCCACAGCCUGGAGGCGCGGGCCUCGGUGAUCGGUCUGGGGGCUGCCGCCCGGCAGGCCAUAUGCCACGGGACCGAGCUCCUGAGCCUCUCUGACAACCUCUCCAGCGUGCUGUCCUUCGAGAAGGGCCGGGCCAGCAACCGAGAGCUCCUCGCCCAAUGUCGUCGUGCUGGCGCCCUGCAGCUGGGUGCCGAGAUCACCUGGCGAGUGCGACACGUUCCAGGAUGUGUGAACGUGGCCGACUGGGGGAGCCGGGCCGCCGACCGCCGCGAGCUCCUGCCUGGCUGGAUCCGCGGUGCCGGCUUCAGGGCCUGCGGGCCGGCACCCAGCAGGUGCGCACCCGUCCUGAGGCCCAGCGGCGGCUUGCCCGGCCUCGGGCCUGACGUGCCCGGGCCCUGCCCCGUCGCCAGCGUCGCCUUCGCGACUCGGCCUACCUCGAGCCGCGUCUCCGAGCCGCCAGGGCUCGGGGAGAAACCUAUUGGUUGCACUGGACAGUGGAGCGAGGCCAUCGGCAGCAACGCCAAGUCAAGGUCCCCAAACUGGGUCAUCAAGUUCUUCAGCGCCUCCUCGGGCUUGCAGCGGGCCUCGCAAGUGGUGCUCCUCGGGGUCUUCGUCUACGGCCCCGCGGGGUCCGCCUAUGGCCGAGCCACGCCCAGAGACCUCGCGACUUGGGAUGGGGUCCUGGCAGCCGCGUCGGGCGAGGUCCGCCUCCGCGCCCCAGGGCUCCCGCUCUGCCCGCAGAGGUUCAGGCGAGCAGCGGCAGCCGUGGACCGCGCCGAGCAGCAGCGGCAAGCCCGUCGAGUCCCUCCAGGGGAUUUCCUACGCACGGCCUCGUUGCGGCCAGCGACCCUGACAAAGUAUCAGCAGGCCGUCGCCGACUUCGAGGCCUGGGCACGACGCAGGCGUCUUCUCUUUGACGAUCCCAAGUGCGCCGACACGACAAUGAACCUGUACAUCGAGCACCUCUUUUUCUCUGGUUCACCUCAGUACAUGGCUCGCAAUGCUCUCUACGGCCUUGCCCGACUACGUGGAUGGGCAGUGGCCAAGCCUCAAUUCGUGCGAUCCAAGGACGCCCUGGCGGGAUGGUGUGCCAAGCUGCCUCGGCAUCCUAGGAUGCCCGCCCCCUUCGACGCCGUGGUCGCCUGCAUGGCGGCCCUCUCGGAGCGCUCGCCUCUGGGGGCCCUCGCCGCCGUGGCCAUGCUCGUCCAGUUCGAUCUGUACUUGCGGCCCAGUGAGGUGCUCUCCAUCACGGCAGGCGACGUCCACGGGAGCGCAGGGGGCCAGGUCUCCGUCAUCAUCGCGCCUCUCACAGGCGGAGUGCCUUCCAAGACGAAUGAGUUCGACCGCACCGUCGUUGCUGGCACGCCUGUCCCUCUCAGUUGCAUCACGUGCAGGGCGCCUGUUCAGCACGGCACCUCCAUCGCUGACCCUGACAUGAUUUGGCCGAAGGACGACUGCCGAGAAUUCGGUUUGGCCAAGCGGGGUCGAGAGGGCUACGUCCCCAACCCUACGGCGCAGAGCACAGGGGGAAAGUGGAUGGGAUAUGAUACCGACCGCGCGCAGGUACGAGCGGAGAACAGGCCGAACUCCACGAGGCCCGAGGGUCGCCCCGCGGCGGCAAGAAUGUCGGACGACGCCAAGGGCAAGGGCAAGGCGACCGAGACUGACGGCAAUG